AGGAGGAGGAAGGUCCAGCCCGGGGAGAAGCUCGGCUGGCUGAGGCGACGUGUUCGCGCGGGGUCUGGGGGCUGCCCAGCCGGGUGCCGCCCUCCCGGCGUGCGUCGCCCCCUUGGCCGGAGAGCGGAGCCCGGGCGGGGGAUCCGGCGGGGCCCGUGCUGUGAGUAGAAAUGACUACCCCAAACAAGACCCCACCUGGUGCUGAUCCAAAGCAGUUAGAGAGGACUGGUACUGUUAGAGAAAUAGGCUCACAAGCAGUUUGGUCUCUUUCAUCCUGUAAGCCAGGGUUUGGAGUGGAUCAGUUACGAGAUGAUAAUCUAGAAACUUACUGGCAGUCAGAUGGAUCACAGCCUCAUUUGGUGAACAUCCAAUUUAGAAGAAAAACAACAGUGAAGACCUUAUGUAUUUAUGCAGACUACAAAUCUGAUGAAAGUUACACUCCAAGCAAGAUCUCUGUCAGAGUAGGAAAUAAUUUUCAUAAUCUUCAGGAAAUUCGGCAACUGGAAUUAGUGGAACCCAGUGGCUGGAUCCAUGUUCCUCUAACAGAUACCCACAAGAAGCCCAUUCGCACCUUCAUGAUCCAGAUUGCUGUUCUAGCGAAUCACCAAAAUGGAAGAGACACUCACAUGAGGCAAAUCAAAGUGUACACCCCUGUGGAGGAGAGCUCCAUUGGUAAAUUUCCCAGAUGUACAACAAUUGAUUUCAUGAUGUAUCGCUCCAUCAGAUAAAAUUUCCUUAUGAGGAACAAUAAGGGUAUUUUUUCAUGACUGUUAUUGCUAAAGUAUUCAGAUACUUAAAGAGCUGAGUUCACUUCAGUGUAAUUAUGUCUUUAUGUUUAUAUUUUGUACAAUUUUGAAAUAAAGAUAAUCUUGUGUUCCAGUA